AUGGAAAAAGCUAGCCCAUUUCCUUCGGAGACAGGCGACGCGUUUCGGAAAGGCUCAGAAAAUGUACCAACUUUGCGUUUUACGCUCUCACUACCUGCCAGCGACGACAAAACCUGCCCCGAGUAUUCGUUUCUGGACCUCGUAAAAUCCGCUACUCGCAAGGUAGGCGAAUCUUUCAGCCAUUUUUCAGUACAGUCCUUUUCUCUAAAGCGGAGACAAUUUCGUGUGCGAAGAACAUCAGUGUGCAUUUUUUUAACCGCUGUUAGAAUGGCCGUGAUUUUGAUUCCCGAAGAGUGAACUCAAUUUUUUCUCUCUCACUCCAGUCCGGCGAAACUCCAGAGAAAACUCUAUGGGACGAUGAAGAUGGAGAUGAUGAAAAGCUCAGAGCCUUGGCAAAGAAAUUUGAGCAGAAAUACGUAAGUUGUACACACCGAUGCAAAGUCAAUACGUGUUUUUGUUCGAGGCUUAAGAUUCCUUAGGAACCCUUUGCCGAGCAAAAAUUUACCGAGUAUGAAUACUUGAGAUCAAAAUUCGUUUUUCUCUUUCACAGGCUCCAAAACCUACAUCCAAGAAGCGAAGGAGAGAUCGCAUGGAGGUAAACCAAAAUACUACUUGUGUGAAGUUUAUUCCCCGGUUUUAAAUUUAGUUUGCAAACAUCAAUAAGCUUAAAUUGGCUUCUCUGCGUCGAUCAAGAACACGUUCUUACAAAUACUGAUCUUACGAAAUUGUGUUUUGACAUGGAUUAUAACCAUACUAAUUGCUUUUAGAGUAGAAGUUUUUUAGCUUUUUUGAAAGAAUACCGGUGCUGUACGGGGGUGUAUUGAAGCCGUGUGUGUAGAAUUAUGCGAGCACUUGUUUAGUGUAGUGCCUUCCUUAUGUUACUAAUUCAUUGUCCUUUAUGACAUGACCCUGUUGUUAAUACUCGCUGCCUUUUCAGGGAUUCGUAAGUCGUUUUUGACUUUGUGCUAUUGUUUUCUAAGUAUUUAAAACUCCAAAUCCAUGGUUUUGUGUAUUGUCUUUUCUAGUUUCGGUGCCACAAUAUUCAAUGACACUUUGCUAUAUUUACAUCUCACGAAAAUGUCGAUUUCUUGCGUUAUUUACAACUAUAAACGUGGACCCAGGAAAAGAACAGAUCUUGUUUAUAACUCAAAAUUACGAUAAGCGUGAUUCAUAAUUUCUUUUCUCUUCCAUUCUGUAAGGUCUUGGCUCCCUCCGUUAUAUUUCUCUCAGUUCACCCUGAUUUCUUUAAUACAGGAAAUACGAAGAAGAGUCCGUAUUUCUAGUUUCCGGUAACACACUUAAAAACAGAUUGAAUAAAUUGCAGUUUAAAAUUGAAAAGGGCUAAAUAUCUACAUAUCUGCGUAUUAUUUGUCGUCUUAUAUGAAACUUUCAAAAUUUCUUCUGCAAUUCUUUUGGCAUUUCGGUGGCAGAACGUUGUAAAAAAAAUAAGCUACGGUAGUUUUAACUUUCACUGAAACUGGAGAGGGGAAAUAGAAAUUUCGGUUUUUAAAAUGAGCCCAGUUUCACAAAAUAACGCAUUAUUGAUAACACUGCAAAGUUUCAGCAAUCCGUUUAAAAGCUUUCCAAGAUUUCCCGGUAAUUUGAAAGGACAAGCUGCAGCUUGCCGUGGAAAAAUUUCUUCCUGCAUAUAAAAAGCGAUUUCUUAUUUUGAGGGAAAAUUUCUAAACCCUUUAGUGGAUCAGUCAAAGACGAUAAAUUUUCUAGCCCUUGCUACAAACCUAUAUAGGAGAUCUGGAGGUACAAAACCCUGCAUCAACUUGGUUUAAACUUAAGACCUUUGUAGCUGGAGUUGACUCUGCAUCUUAUGGUAAUCAAUAUUUCCAACAUCCAGUUUGUUCUGGUCUUUUACAUUUGUAAGCUUCUUCCAAUGCAUUUCCUUUAAAUACUUUAGGCAAAAAUGUUGUUACGAUAUUUACGAGAGAGGUUGUCCAUAAUAUACUCCUAAUUGGUUAACUACUUCAAAAGCAAGUAUAAACCCAAUGGAAUUCAGAGGUCACUCCGUGAGGCAUAUUAUUAAUCUUGUUAGCAUUCCACUUAUUGAUGUAUUGGUAUUUUCCAGUUAUUAGUAAUAAUUUUUAUAAUAAUGUCUUUGGUCUUAUAAUUAUUGUGUUUUUUUCACCUAUCUAAUUUAAUCCACUUUUUUCUGGUAUGUUUGUUUUAGUUUUAUUUGCUUUUAUGUCUAGAUAUAAGGUCUAUAUACUCAUGACAUUUUUCAUCAUGUAAAUAGUAAAUUAAACAGACAUUUUACUUCUGAUAUCAUUUUUUUCAAUCUUUAUUGUUGAAGUUGGUAUUGAAUUCUUCUUAAAAACUUGAUUCUCAGAGAAUUAUUAUUGUUCUUAGAGCAUGUUGGAUUUUUGUAAUACUUUGGUGCACAAUGGAUUCAGCCAAUUCUGUCUUUGUCAGAUUACAUUUUCCCUGUUCAUAAAACCCUACCCUUUGAUUGUUAAGGGUGUGUUUGACUCUAGGAAUCACUUAUUUUGGCAUUCAUCGGCAUUGCAAUAUCCAGAAAUAUGCUUGAAAUAAAAUAUCCUGAUGUAUGUAGCUCUUAAGUGGUCCAAAAGUCACAUUACAAGAGAUUUGCAACAAACCUUUUGUAUAUUCUUAUUCAAGAAUAUUUUAUGAACAAUCAAACACACCCUAUGUGAUAGUUAUACAGCUGGAAAUUUUUUCCCAACAGUGCAGGCUCUCAUUGGUUACUUUAAGGUCACAUGACAUCUAACAAUGAAAAUGUUUUCCACCAGAAUCUCAAAUCAAUCAAAUCCUUGCAGGAAACCAGUAGUAUCUCAAAUCAAUCAAAUCCUUGCAAUGAAACCAGUAGUUUAGCAAAUUAGAAACAAUGGCCAGAUUUGUUGUUUUUUGUGCUUGGAAUGACAUCAGGUAGUUGCUCUAGUACAACUUUUUACCGUUGCCUUUCUAGGAUUUGAUUGAUGUAACGUAUGGCUAUGAUGAAACAGAUCCAUUUGUUGAUGACAGUGAAGCUGUGAGUUCCUCUUUACAUGUAUUUUAGAGAUAAUAUUUUUGGGCUGGUAGAUUUUGGUCUUUUAAAUUGAUAUUAUUUUUAUUUCAAUCAAUUGCAUACAACCAAUGAAGAUGAUGUUUUAGGCAGUAUUGCAAGUCAUACUUUUUAUUCGCAAUAGAUAUAAGAUAAUAUUAAUCCUUCUAGAUUUGUCAAUUGACAUUCAUGUACUGUAGUUUCAACUCUAAGAGUCUUUGAGCAGAGUCCUAUGGCAUGGCCAUUCAAGUCAAAGCAUUUGUACAUGUAUUAUUGUUUUUCAAAAUGAAACUGAAAAUUUCUGUAAUAGAUUUUGGCUUGUGAGGUGCUUUCGAGGAAUUUAAACCCCUGGCAUCAGAAAUCGGCUCCAAUCCUGGAAUGAAUGAUUAAGAAACUUUUUCAAUUUAUUGUUCUAGUAUGAUGAGCUGUUACCUGCAGACUGGACUACAGAACAUGGUGGAUUUUACAUAAACCAAGGUGCACUUAACUUUCGACCAGUAUCUCCAGGUGGUGAGAGGUAAAAUGUUAUGCUUGCAUAAUAAAUAGUAUGUGUAUUUUGAUGAAGUUCUUGGGUUCAAGGGCUUCAUUCUAGCAGUACAUGUACCUGGUGGCCCCCAGCUCCUUAUGUGUUGCUGUGGGGUGACUAGGAAAUGUUAGGGUUUUAAACCUAUGCAGGGCACCAUGAAUUUCACAUGCUCGGAGCACUGGCCUCUCUUUAUUUUUGUUAGGGCACAACCUUGGGUUCUGUUUGAAUUUUUUUUGGCUUGUCAUUUAUGUAGCUGUGGUUCUGUGUUUGGUUGCACCAUAUAAUUAGCAAUUAAUGAGUGAGGCUGAGUAUCAUCUGAAGAAUUAUAGAGAUUGAGGAGGGUGCUGCUUGGCGGAUAACACCCUUCAAGAUCUCCAUAAUUUUUCAGAAUAUACGAAAGCUGAAUUCAAUAAUAUUAUUGCGUAUAUUAUUCAUUCAAAAUAAUUUUGUAGUUUAAAAACAAGCUAAACAUGCUUACCCCAUCAAUGUUAAAUUCAUCUUCAAUAGUUUAGGAGAUAAAGAGUUGUUCAGUUUGCAAAUAUUCCCCAAAUAGCAGGGUUGUCUUCUUGUUGUUCUUGCUAUAUUUUUAGUGAAUAGUUUGCCUACUUCUUCCCCAUGAAACAACUGAAACGUUCCGCUAUUUUGUACUCACCACCAAAAACAACUCAACCUUGUCCCAAGGCCUUCUUGGUUAACCAUUCAAUAAUCUAAUCAUCCGGCAAUUUUGCUGCAUGACUGAUGCCAUCAGUUCACAUAUCGCAAAAUUCUUCUACAGUAGCUGGUUAUGAUGAAUUGCGCGUGGGAUUUUGGCCAAUCAGAAACAGAGAAAUAUUGUAAGACCCCCCCCCCCCUCCCCCCACCCCCUUGACUUGACCUGACUUGCAUUGAAAUGAAUUUGAUUUAUUAAUUAUACCGUUUUGAUUAGCACUGUUAGCUUUUUUUGAACUUCGUUUUCUAUUCUGGUUAUAAGCCUUCUCAGAUAUAUGCAUGCCCGUUUAAUAUUCCUCCUUGUACAAUGUAGUCUGCUACACAGCCGUUUUUAGUGUCGUCACGCAACGCUCCUCCCCACUAAUGGCUGCUGAAAACCGAACUACAUUCCUUUCCCGUGAUUAGCCAUUUAUAAUUCAGCUCCCAUAUUCUGGAAAGUGUUCGCGCCACGUUUGCAGUACUGUGACUCCUCCAAUCACAGCUUUGCUUUUAUCGGUGCCCCAUGUGUGAAUGACAGAAUAAUCAAAACGUCGCGUGAAAACAAGCAAUUUAAUAACUAGAGUAGUGUUGUCGUAGUCGAGUCCUAUUUAAAAUUUAGGAGAUAAGCACCAGCAGCAAGCAAGUCGAGCAAAUUGUGAUGCACUACAUGGAUGUGCUCAUAAAGUUGCCAGGUAUAGUUCGGGAAAUCGCUCAUUGAUAAUUUAAAAGGUUGCUUUUUGAAUCAGUACCCUUGAGAGUUUAGUAUUCACAGGAACACAAUAAGCACAUCCGGCACAUUUAAAUUCUUCAUCACAUAUCAGUACAUAUGCACGUUAAAUGAAGAACCAACCGAUCCUGGUAAAAGUCUUGUAGGCCAAUCAAACCUUUCUUUCACUUGGAACUUUCUUGACCGCUUAAAACAAACUUUUUUGCAAAUUAACCUUUUCGUUGCUUGAAAACACAGAGGCCGUCUAAAUUCAGCGACGAUUGAUUGAUUUGUCGAAAACUGAGAAUCGUGCUCGCUUCCUAGCGCCCCGCGGCUCACGUAUUGUCAAACUUCUUGUGCAUGAUUGGCUUGUUCGUUAGACCACAAACACAAAGGGAAAGGAAUGUAGUUCGGUUUUCAGCAGCCGUUAGUGGGGAGGAGCAUUGCGUGACGACACUAAAAACGGCUGUGUAGCAGACUAGGUACAAUGUAGCUUAUUGUCACCUUCAAAUCUUUUGUAUAUUAGCGAAGAGGACGAGGGAGACUUUCAGAAACCAAAGAAAUUGAAACUCAAGUCCCCAAAGGUACAUUUAGAAAGGAAAUAAGACUAGGCAUAGAGCGGUUUUCAUUUGAGUGUCGAAAAGUAAUUGGUUUUGCACUUUCUACACGAUGCGAUUGCUUAAAAGAUUCGCGCCACCUUUUCAUCCAAUCAGAAGUAAAACCAAAGCCAAUUGUGACGCGCUCGCAUGCAUUUUCCCGCGCUUUGCGUCAGCCACAUGUAAUUACUUCGAGUUUUGAUUGGUUCAAUGUAUUGUCUGUGUCUUAUGUGAUUGGCCAGAGUAAUUACUUUGGUUUUGGUUUUACGACAUUCAAACGAAAACCACUCUAUAUGGUAAAUACAUGUACUGCAGAUGUUAUAGGAAAUCUUAUCAUUAUUCAUCAUGCUGGAGUAAAAUAUUAAUUACGUUUAUUAAAGUUUUGGCAUUUGGCUCAGCUACUGUUUGUACAUGUACAAUGUAGUUGCUUGUGAUGCAGACUGUGACCUUUUGAUAGCAUACUGCUAGUCUUCAUCAGGCAAUAAGGUUAGUUAGUUACAUGCCACUUUAUAGAACACAAAAUUAUGUGGUGUGAAUGGUUGGUCUUUUUGCAACUGGGAUAGUGGAAUAAAGAUCCCACAGCAUGGGUGCUGAUAAGAGCUGAACAAGACUGGACUGCCAAGAGAACAGCUGGCUGAAGUAGCAAGGAUGAAAGCAUGCUAAUCACAGCUGUGGAAAACCAAAAGUUCACAGCAGAAAAUGAUAUUGUGCUUUUUAAAUUGACAUUUAACCCGUCAACCUCAUUGCCUGAUGUACAUGUAGACUUUCUUAGUUUGUAGUUGAAACAUCUUGAUUUCUUCUAACCCCUGAAAAUGUAAAAACCUACAUGUACAUGUAUGUAUGGAACUUUAAUAGCCAUGUGUAUAAGAAUUUCAUGAGUUCCUUUUUGUGAACCUUAAUUACAGUUCAAAUUAUCCAGAAACUAUUAUUUGGUCUGUACAGUCAGAACCUCAGAAAAUCUGAGUGUUGUUUAUGAUUUUUAUCCACUCCAAAUUCAAGACUACAGGAUAUAAAUUUGAGAUAAAAGUAGUUCUGACUGGUAAGACAUUUUUAUUUCGAACUGACAAAAUCAUAAAGUCUAUGUAUUAUUUCAAAGAAGAAAACUAUAUUGUAACUUCACACAUACCUUUAAAAUAUGUAUGUUUUAAGGCAAGUUAAAGGAUGAGGAAACUUCUCUUUACCCUUAAUUUUCUGCUUUAGGGCUCUUCCUCACUUGCAUGUGCCUCUUCCUUCUUCUCUAAAGCAAGAUAAAUUUAUGCUUUUCAAAACAAUUCUUUUGCUUAGAAAAUGCCAAAGGUGCCCAAAGUAAAGAAAGUUAAGGUACCCGGUGAAAAGAAAGAGAGAAAAAAAUCAGGAGACAAGGAGAAAAAGCCAAGAAAAAGCUCCAGGUAAGUAGUUGCCGGUUUUAACAAUAAGCCAUCAAUUUGCACAUGUAUAACUAAUUUUCCCUUAGGAGAUUUGUAGGGCAUUAAAAGAAUUUGAAUUUCAACUUGUCCUAACAGGGCCAUAUAGCAAGCCUUUAGAAACUAGGGGCACAAAGCCCAGGGGGGUACUCCUAGGAAUUCUUGGUGGGGUUGAGCCACCCAGUUCUCCAAAUCCUGACCCUAUUUCAGACCAAAAAAUGUCAUUUUUCACACCCAUUUCAGACCUGGCCUCUAAAAUCUAGACCCGUUUUCAGACCUGGCAUAUAUGCAGAAAUUAUUUCAUCAUUACUUAGAUUAGAACACCAACAAAAAUAUUUCUUAAAAUCUAUUUCGAAUUUGCAUAAUUAUUACUCAUUCUUUCAUAUUCAUUUGGAAUUGAAAUGACAAAUAUGUUCAUGCACUCCUGUAUACCCUCAAAAACCAUACCCGAAUUCAGACCAAAUAGGCAAAGUCCAUACCUGUUUUCAGACCAAAAUGUCACAAAAACCAUACCCUUUGGGGCAGCAUAUGCCUAUAAGGGAUUUUACAUUUAGGUAGGUUAUUGUAUUUGAAAAGCAGAGGGUUUUGGAUCUGAAGGACCCAUUGGACUGGUCUCUGUAUCUUAAAGCCAGAAAAUGUUUAACCUAGCGCAGAGACAUCAUUGUCUCAAUGCUCUGGGAGAUGAAUAUUCAUUUUCAACUUUUAUGCGUGCAUGUUUUGACUUUUCGGGGCAAAAAACUCAGGGAGGCACAGGGCACCCCCGUCUCCCCCACAAGCCACGGCCCUGCCUAAGUACAAGCAAGUUCAGCUGCUUCCUCAGCUGUGCCAUUGUGUCAUUGUCUAAGUGUACAGAUGAUUAAGUUCCAGAAAAUGUCUUACCUGGGACUUUGUCUGUUGAACAUAUGAGGAAGUUACUUUCCUCGUAUGAAAAACUACUCGUCCCAGAUGGCUGAACAGGUCUUUUUUUGAGCCCUGUCUUGGCAUGUCCUCGGAAGUACAUGUAGAUUCUUAACUUAAAUUCUUAAGGUUUUCACAAUGGAGGUACUUCCUAAUGAUUCAGUUUGUUACCAAAGUAACAUGAAACCACCGAAAAAGGACAGAUGUGAAUUACUCGCAAUAACACGCAGUAAACUUUUGCUUUUACAUUUUAGUGGUGAAAAGGAAAAGGAAAAGAAGGAGAAAAAGCACAAGAAGAGGCUAAGUUUAGGAAAUGCAAACAUCGUAAACAUGCUGUCUUCACCAUCUUCCUCAGCAAAAAACACUUCUACGACAGUCUCUUCAAACUCAACGUUAACUACUGGAGGAUCACAAGGGACGAACAAUGUUACAGUGAACAGUUCUUCACCACAAAAAGUACAGAGUUCAUCGCAGCAAAGUAAUCAAGGCAUUGUUAAAACAGAGCCUGGCAUGGUAAAUGGCAGUAGCAGUGCUGUUACAACUGAAGAAAAUGCAUCUGUGACAAAGAGUGACUCUUUGCUUACUUCAACACUUCAAAAUGGAAUCUCAAUGGGAGAGGCAAGCUCGUCAGAGAUAGCUGAACCUAGCCUUCCCCAGUGUUUACCCACUGAUGUAGAAGCUUGCAUCAUGAGGUUGAAGCAAGCGGGUACUGAUGGCAUUACUGAGGGAAAGUGCAAGUUCUUUAACUCUGAUGUAAAUCAUAUGUUACUGGAGUGAGUUCCUUUUUUUAGAUUAAUUAAUUGGUGUUUGUAAUAAUUAGAAGGUGUUACAUGUACUCAUGUGUUGUAUCAGAGUUACUUUAGUUUUAGAAUGGCGUACAUUCCAGGAUGAAUUUGUACUGACAUAAUAAUUCCGUCAUCUGCACCAUCUUUGUCUUCCAUCUUGAAAAUGUCAUGCAUGCGUCACUCACAUUAGACCACAUGGUUUUCAAUGUUCAGUUUAGAAACAUGACACUAGAAUGACAUGUCAUACUAAAAUGAGAAUUUUGUUCAGACUGAAAACCAAAAUGAUGUCAUUAGUGGCUUGUNAACUGAAGAAAAUGCAUCUGUGACAAAGAGUGACUCUUUGCUUACUUCAACACUUCAAAAUGGAAUCUCAAUGGGAGAGGCAAGCUCGUCAGAGAUAGCUGAACCUAGCCUUCCCCAGUGUUUACCCACUGAUGUAGAAGCUUGCAUCAUGAGGUUGAAGCAAGCGGGUACUGAUGGCAUUACUGAGGGAAAGUGCAAGUUCUUUAACUCUGAUGUAAAUCAUAUGUUACUGGAGUGAGUUCCUUUUUUUAGAUUAAUUAAUUGGUGUUUGUAAUAAUUAGAAGGUGUUACAUGUACUCAUGUGUUGUAUCAGAGUUACUUUAGUUUUAGAAUGGCGUACAUUCCAGGAUGAAUUUGUACUGACAUAAUAAUUCCGUCAUCUGCACCAUCUUUGUCUUCCAUCUUGAAAAUGUCAUGCAUGCGUCACUCACAUUAGACCACAUGGUUUUCAAUGUUCAGUUUAGAAACAUGACACUAGAAUGACAUGUCAUACUAAAAUGAGAAUUUUGUUCAGACUGAAAACCAAAAUGAUGUCAUUAGUGGCUUGUACCGGAACAAAUUUCCAUCUUGGUACAUGUAUCAUGCAAAUAGAUCAGAGAGAUUUAUGGAGAUAGAAUGAACUUGUUCCUGAAUGAAAUUCAUCUCAUUAUCAUUUGAAUAGCCCCUAAUCCUCAUUUUGCAUUUUUUUUCCUACUGUGAAAGCAGUUAUUACUACAUAUUAAGCAACUACAGCAUUACUGACAAUGAGCCAUGUUUAAUUAUUUUUUUACUGGGUUUUGGCCAUCUUUGCCUGUUCUGCUGGUGAAGCAAGGACAGCACCGUGUUAUUAUGCUUUCAUCUUGACAUUACCAUUAUUUUUUACUUCACCCUACACAACUGUACAUGUACUGCUGAACUUUAACUGAUUUAGAGGAAUCCUUGAAAAAGUGUAUGCUUUUAACAAUCUUUUUUAAUAAUGUAGUUUUGGUUAUCAUGAUCAUAUCCUUUAUUGAAACAGGAUAGGAUUUAAAGCUCAAUGCUUGUGGGGUUGUGUAAAAAUAAUCACCAGUUUUAGUUGAAUAAAAAUGGAGACCUGAACGUUACUUGAACUUUGACUCUCUUUUAGGCUUGAAACCAAGUCAAGAGCUCUCAGCAGCAAAGUACGAUCGGUAAGUUCUAUAAUUAUUUUUAUUAAUAUUAUAAUACAUUGUACUCAGUAUCUGUCUUCUCAUUGGCUAAGAGGCGAGCCUACAGCUAAUUUGGAAAUCAACAACAACCUACAGAUUAGUUGGUUAUCUGCUAACAGGCAACUAAAUAAGCUGUUGGUUGUGAAUGUAAUGCCUGAUUUCCUAUGACCAUAUCAAUUCAGGUUCCUUGCGACGGUGUGUUUGUCAUUAUUUUCUUCAAAACAAUGUAUAAUAAGACAAUUAUUAGAUUUGGUUUUAGUGAUAUCCUAAAUAAUCGAGGUCUCGGUAAGUAUCAUCAUCCUUGGCCUUCGGCUCGGCUGAUAACACUGACCUCGACCUUGAUUAUUCCAGAUUAUCACAAAAACCUCAUCCAAUAAUAAUUUUUAUCAUCAUGUUGAUUAUUCCCAUUUUAGUUGUAAUUGUUUCAUGCAAUUUCCAAAUUAUAUGUAAUGUAAUGUACAUUUUUUAUUUCCUUACUUUUUCAGGGAAUCUAUGAAUUUUUGGCAUUUUACCUGCCUUGCACAAAGGAGACUUUGUUAAAAAGAGCAAAGAAUCUUCUCUUAAAUGAUCAAGUGAGUUGAAGAGCUGGAAUUAUUGCAUCCGGCCUUUCUCCAAUCAGCUGCUUUAGUUGAAAGUUAUUUAAAUUCUCUUAAUUUGUAACAUGCCAGUCAAGAAAUCGAACCACUUGAAAAUCCUGCUAGCGAGCUGGUUCUAUUUACACGGUAGUAUUAACUUUCUGUCAUACCUAAUAACAAUAAUGUUUUGUAGGCUGGCAGAUUAAGAGAGCCAAUGGCCAAACUCAAAGCAGGUAAGUCACCUCUCUAUUAAAGCUGACUUUUCCAAAGCCAAGAAUAUUAACUAGUUUAUGAUUAAUCUUGUCUCAUGAGAAUUCCAUAUACUACAAUCAUGACAUUUUAACCACAUGCUGCUGAUUUUCAUCAGGCCUUAAUGGUUUUGAUUUAUUGAGUACUACUAACUAUUAGUAGACUGUUCACACUCCCCUAUUUUUUGUUUCGUAAGAUCAUCAGGAUCAAGCACUUACCUGUUCUUACCUGUUUAGGCAGCCAUCUUGCUUUAGACUUGGAACAUUGCAACCAAGAUGGCCACCCGUAGAACAAAGCCCUCCAUAUAUCUCAAUAAUCUUACGGAAAAACGGGACUGCAAACUGGUGCUUUACGAACUUCACUCAUUGUUCAACUACUUGCAGGCUCUUUCUUAAAAAAAAAGUGAUGUCAGACUCAACUGGCUGGGAUUCCUGUGGUAUUAUUUAGAUGAAACUGUUGAUGUUGUGAGAUCUCUGCUGUAUGAGGUGGCAAGGGGUUUAAUAAUAAUGUUUUGUUCUUGUGUCAUGUUUAGCUGUGGAUCGAGUUAUUCCUGAGCAAAUUAAGAGAUUUGAGGAAGAGGUCAGGCAGCAUGUGGAAGAAGAAAGCAAAAAGCAAGGGUAAUAAAAUUUUAAUCAUUUAUUUUUUUGUUGAAAUGUUACUUCUGAGUUUAGAUGCUUAACUUACUUUUUGGUGGUAUGCAUGUACAAUGUACUAUUUCCAUGUGCAAGAUUAAAGUAAGAAAAAUAAUAAUGAAUGUUACAAAGUACAUUAUGUGUGCCUUAUUAGAUGAAAAUUUGGCAACACUUAAAUUUAAUAGCGAUUUUGAAAAUUCCUUUUUUAGCAGGACUUUAAUUUAAACAAACAAAACUGCAGCUGUAUUGUCAUAUGUCCUCACUCAUCAAUGCUGUCCCACAAUCAAUGCUUCCGUUACGAGUACCACGUCAUCAUCUACCGUCAAAUAGCAUAUGUGUGUGAACUGACCAGAUGGCGGAAUUUCAUUUUGUACUUACUUUAAUUUAACAACAUUUUAAAUUUAGCAACACUUAAUUUUGGUGCAUUUUAAGAAAAAAUCGCCAAAUUCGCUAAAUUAAAGUGUCACCAAAAUUUCAUGUAACAAGGUAUUGUGAAUGAACAUUAAGAAUUUUCUUAUGAUCGCCUUAUAUUUUCAGUGGCCCAAAACAAGAUGGAGAAAAUCCAGAUGACCAUAAGGUAAUUGUAAAAUAUUAAUUUAAUGUCAUGUAUAACUAAGCAACCAUCCUUUCUGAAUGUAAUUUUUUAUACCAAGUGUGAUUUGCUUGUUGUCAAGUCAGUGGUUGUUCCUUAUGACAAUGGAAUACUUGAAAAUAUCUGUUAUUGAAAAAAGUGGAAUUUAAAGAAAAAUUAUGGGAGUGAGCUUGUUAAGAAAUUGGGUUGUAAAAUUAUUACCUAUAUAUUUUAGUGUGACAGUGGGUAAGAAUUUUUUUUUUGCUUCUGAGUUCUUAAGAUGCACAAGUUAGAGUUUCCUUGUGUACGCUGUAAUGACUUCCUAAUGGUUCAUUAGAUAGAGCUUCGUUAAAUAUACAGUAGAACCCCUGUAACUUGAACUCUGAAGGGAAGCAAAAAACAGUUCCAGUUAGCAGGUAAUUUGAGUUCAGUGAAAUUUUGAUCAAGGGAAAGGAAUUUAGUUUAAGUCAGCGGAGAAUUAGAGUUAUCCAAGUUUGAGUUAUCGAGGUUCUACUGUAUGUUGGUAUAUGUAAUUUCUUUUAGUAAAAUCCAGCUAGUGGUAUAUUAUCAAUGCUGCACUUUUUUUAUUCUCGAUAUUUUUGACCAACUAGUUGGAUUUUACUAAAACAGUUUAUUAUUCCUCUCGCCCUCAUGGCCUCUGAGUCAAUAGCCCAUUCGGCCUUUGGCCUCAUAUUCGGGCUCGAGGAAUGAUUGUUAAAUAUUUUCCCCUUGUAGAAGGAACUGUUCAAGUCAGCCAUGGAAGUAGUCGAAGACAGUGAGAAAAGCGAUGAGAUUACCACACCAACGGAUCCUAAUGUGAGCCUGUCUACCUAUUUUGCUAGUUGUCUUACAAAACUUGUCUACAGCUACACUAGGGGGCUUAACCAGGUUAUUUCCAAUUCACUGAAGUAAACCAAAACUUUUAAUUUAUUGUAGAUGCGUCUGUUUAUCAGUAUUUUCGGUGUUAAACACUAAACAGUCUUUCUUCAAACCUCUUGGUUAGUUACAGGCAGUUUAAUCUGAUCAAUCCAUUUAUCAGAGGGAUCAUCUCUACCCACAUUUUAAUAUUAUUAAGGCUCCAUAUGCAUGCAGCUAUUACAUAAUACAAAAGUCAUACUUUGUACAGUACGUAAGUUUAAGAAAAUAAUUUUUAACCAGGUAAAUAAAACAUAACCUGAUUAACUCAGUUAGUGUGGCUGCAGCCAAUCUCAUUUUAAGUUGUUAAUAAAAUAAUCUAUUUUUGAAAUAAAUUUUAUUUCAGGCCCCUUCUCACCCAGAAGAUAAAGCCAAGAAAAAUACUCCCAAGAGAAAAUUUAUUUGGACAGAGGAAUUAAGGUAUGUGUAUUGUUAAUUAUUUAUAUCAUAGGAGUGUUCUCUGCAAUUAAACCUUCAGUCUGCAGCGUGCAAAGAAAGUCGUGUCCGAUAGCCCGGGGCUAGUGGGUUGUGUUAUCGGGCUUGUGAAAUCUGUUCUUAACUUGCCGGAUGGGCAAGUGCUUUUGGGGCAAUUCAAAUUACAGAAGGAUUGUAAUUAAUCCUGCUAAUCAAAAAGGGUUUGGGGGCUAGUUGAAAUGACUUCUGGGUUAGUACAUGCUAGCUACAGUUUGUGUGAAUGGCAGGCUGUAAAACUGACUUCCUUUGCACCCUGAGUCUGUCUAACAUAUCCAACACAUUAGUUUCAAUUGUCUACAUUGACAUCUGAGAAAAUGUUCAAGACUUCAAUGUCAGAAUCAUCAAUGCCACAUUGUAGUUCCAUUUUGGUUCUGAAUAUUCUGAUGACAAUUUUGAUGAUAAAAAGUCGAGCAGAAAAUGGUGGUCAAAGAGUCAUUAUUCCAUUUUCCUUUUUUUCAUCAAGGCUUCGAUUCUGUCUAAUGAGUCUACAUGAAUUUCUACACUUACAGUAAAAAAAAAUCAGUGCUCUGCAUUACUUUUGUUACACUAUGCAAUCAUGUCUUUAAACAGGUUAUUAUAAUAUUUUCUAAGUUAUUAUGGUUAUCAACCUAGCCUUCUUUAAAAUGAAUACAGUCAACUCUCUCUUAACAGGCACCUCUAUAAGAUGGACACCUCUGUAAAACAGACACCUAGAGUUGGCCCCUGCCUUUCUUUACUCCCUUUCUUUGACUCUCUAUAAGAUGGACAUCUCUCUUAGACGGACACUUAGUACCUGCCUUAAAGGUGUCCGACUUAGAAAGAGUUGACUGUAUGGAUAUGAUAAUGACUGCUUUCACAUAACGUCAUGUCUGCCAUAUUGGUGUCCCAAAACCCAAGUCAAAUGGCGGCAAUGUCGGCAUGCCUAUAAACGAGUCAUUUGGGAGUUGAACAUUUUGCUUAUGUAAAAUACUGUUCGAAUUAAUUGGCAAAUGGAUAUUUGGUUGAAUUCUUUGUAGAGGGCUGUUGUGUGAUGUUGUCCAAAUGAAGAUGAAGAUCUUUCAAAUGUCUAAAACAAGAGCCCAGUCUGCUGAAGAGUACUUAAAGGUGAUUGACCUGCAGCUUCAAGCUCUACACGUAGCAUCUGUAAUGUAGCUUUGUAUGAAUAAUUUUUUUAAAAAAAAUUGCUGAUCUGCAUUAUUUAACAAGCAUUGGUCAAUGCCGUUAAAUUUAUAUCAAGUUCUUUUGUUGUGUGUUGAUGGACCAGGAAAAAGUCAUUGUCCAAAAGUAAACAUAUGAUUAAACAAAUAAAAUAUAAACAUUAAAAACUCAUGAAAGACACUGCCAAUAUCACCAAACAAGGUAUGGCAAACAACAGUAAGAUAAUUAUAAAUCAAUAGCAAAAUGAGGGGAAAAAAGGAAAGACAGAAAAAGUUGACAAAAUGAAGUGUGAACAACAAUACAUGUACUUAAUAGGCUUAAUUUAGCUCUGCUGGCCCCAGUUCCUGAGGGGCCGAUAAGGGCUAAUCCAUGAUUAAAUAUCUUGAAGUAAAGACACAUGUAACUGUAUUUUGUAAGCUAGAGUGACAUUGAUAGAAGCCCUUUUGCAUUUUUAUAAUCUUGCCCGGUAAUUAACAGUAUUUUCAUUUUAGNAUUUAUAUCAAGUUCUUUUGUUGUGUGUUGAUGGACCAGGAAAAAGUCAUUGUCCAAAAGUAAACAUAUGAUUAAACAAAUAAAAUAUAAACAUUAAAAACUCAUGAAAGACACUGCCAAUAUCACCAAACAAGGUAUGGCAAACAACAGUAAGAUAAUUAUAAAUCAAUAGCAAAAUGAGGGGAAAAAAGGAAAGACAGAAAAAGUUGACAAAAUGAAGUGUGAACAACAAUACAUGUACUUAAUAGGCUUAAUUUAGCUCUGCUGGCCCCAGUUCCUGAGGGGCCGAUAAGGGCUAAUCCAUGAUUAAAUAUCUCGAAGUAAAGACACAUGUAACUGUAUUUUGUAAGCUAGAGUGACAUUGAUAGAAGCCCUUUUGCAUUUUUAUAAUCUUGCCCGGUAAUUAACAGUAUUUUCAUUUUAGUUCAGGUAUGCUUUCAUCUGAUUUCUUUAAUUUUUCAUUUUCUUUUUAGGCCUUCUUUGAAAAUGAGGUAAGACCUUUAUGGCCAAAAGGCUGGAUGACAAGCAGGUGA